AAAAUUAUAAUUUUAAAUGGAUCCAAUAACUCCAAUCAUCUUUUCAUCGGUAGCUGCAGGAGGACUUUACCUCUUAGGUAAGGGAGCUAAAUACGUCUGGAAACUAUUCAAGAAAUCAAAGAAGAGAAAGUUUUUAAAAAAAUUGACUAGCUCAACGGUGGAAGGUGGUAUCAAGGCCUAUAAAAACAUGCUACUUGAAUCAAUCGGAGUUGUUGACGAAAAAGAGGCUUCACUUGAGUUCCAAAUAAACAAUACUUGUGAAGGUAGCCACAAAUAUAAAAAUGCUAGACAAGAGUUGGAAGUUGCGAAAGUAACUAUUAAUGCUCUCAGAAACGAAACAAACUAUUGGAAGGAGAGCUAUUACAAGAUGAAGGAAUACUACGAGGAAGAAAUCGCUAAGCUUAAGGCCGAAAAUGCUGGACUAAAAGCUGAACUUGCAGAAUGCUACAAAACCAUGGCUAAAAAUGAAGAAGAGUUCGAAGCUUGGGACAGGAUCCACGGCUAA